AUGGCUCUGAAAUCUGCACUGGAACUUCGGCGUCUCCAUCCCUCCAAGAUGCUUGGAAACCACAUAUUUGAGCCACGGUGGACGCCACUGUGCCUGGCCAUAUACUCUGAUAACAUGGAAGCUGCAGAGUUUCUGCUUUUAAAGGGCGCGCCGCCAAUCUUGGAUGUUGAGGGUCAGAUGGGGAUCCUUCAUGUAGCAUGUAUGACAAACCAUGCUUCAGCCUUGAAAUGGGCCGUGGAAAUGGGAUACGACACCGAACUGGACGCAUUUGAUAGUCGCGGAAAGGCCCCCCUCGAUUACGCAAGCCUCUACCGGAACUGGGAUUGCUUCCGACUCAUGAUUUCAUACGGGGCAGAUGUUAACUCUGUAGUCGUUUGGGAGGGUCUAGAGGAUAAUCCGGAUGAAGAUCCUCUUCAGCAAAUGUUAUACGACGCAAUAUACUCUGGCCGGUUCAAGGACGCUCUCGAUCUCCUGGAUACUGGAGUCAACCCGGAUCUACCGAUUUAUAAAGACGAUGUUUCAUUGCUAAACCUUCUGUGCCAGGUUCCUUGGAGCGGGAAUGACUCUUGGUCUUGGGGCGAUGAUGAUGACGAAAGGAGACUCAACGACUGCAGUGACUUCAUCAGUGAUCAGCGCCAUGCACUGGCACUCAUAAAGAAUCUCAUGAGUUUGGGCCUUGAUAUUCAGGACAUCUGCCGCGAGUACACGCCUCUUUCAGCUGCAGCUGAGUGCGGCAAUAUACUGGCAGCUAGGCAUCUAAUUAAGCUCGGCGCGAGCGUCGAUGGAAAGCCUGGUCUAGUCUUCACGCCCCUUGGAAGGGCCUGCACUCCUUCCAGAGCGAACUCGGAUAUGGCAUCUCUUCUUCUCGAUUCCGGCGCCUCUGUGCACCGACCUUAUGCUACCUCAUGCCCGCCCUUAUGGACCAAAGAACCCAACCCUGUCAGGACCUGCCAGCAACAAGAGGUAAUGAUCGAUCUGCUCAUGGAGAAAGGCGCAGGCGUACUGCGCGGCACAUCAUCUGGUGACAGUACCCACUAUACGCCUCUUGAGUCUCUACUUUUCCGGAAGGAGGUUCAAAGGUUCAAGAGUCUGCUUGCCCGGUGCCAAACAAGCCGUUUAGGAACAGAUGACCUCGUGGGGUUCUGGAAAAUGUCUAGGCCUCUCGAUGCGUUACAUCCAGAAAUUACGGCGCUCAUUCUUGAUUUAGAUACCUCUGGUGUGAUUUCGCAUGUGGAUACCUCAGCACUUGCGGUGCAAGUAUCUGGAAUGGCUGAGGGUAACAAAAUGAGCGUUCGAAAUGCCGUUGUCCUGAAAUUAUUAAACCAAGAUGCACCUCUGAUCGGUACGUCCCUCCUCCGAGAUGCAAUAGAAUACGGUGCUAGCCCCGUCGUAAUACGGAACCUGCUAGCAAAAGGAGCCGAUCCGAAUCAGAAAUCUGAACAAGAAAGGACAAUACUCAGGUCUGUGCUUGAGAACAAGUUACUCAGCCAGGAGAACAAAAGAGCAUACACCCGCUGCUUGCUCGAUGCGGGAGUCUCCAUUUAUGAGAACGCUGGCCCAAGGUAUAUUAGCCCACGAAUCUUCUCGUUGCCUUUCGUCCAUGUCCGUUACGCAGCGGGAUCUCGUCCCACUCAAAACCAACGGAAGUUUCAGGCGGACCAAAUUCGCAACGCUGCCACUCUGCAACUUCCCGAGCCGCCGGAGGAGAGUAUGACGCACCUUGGCCUCGCCAUAUCACAAGGAAGGGCAGCCUCAGACAUUGUGGAUCUCAUGCUAGAGAGCCAGCCUCUUCGAGAUCAUCCAUCUGAAAUUGUAUAUGCCUACCUUAAUCUUGCCAUCCAUAACUGUAAUAUGGGAGCUCUCCAGGCCAUAGCUAAGUCAACAGACACGGCGCUUGUAUUAGUCCGGGAACAUGCCAGCCGUUUCAUACAUGAAUUACUUGAUUACAAGAGUGAGGCAACUACUAGUCGCGAUAUCGUGGACGCCGCGAGUGCAACUGUGGACUGUUUGGAGAUGGUUUCGGAGAGUAGCAAGGCCGACUGGUCUUGCGUUCCUCUUCCAAGCACAACUGGCGACAGAACGGCUGGAGAGAAGCUUUUGGCUAUCAUUUCAGAAGAUCACCCCCUACUCGAUAACUCCUAUGGGGCGGCAUUGAGCCGUUCUUGCAGACAGAGGAUUCGAUUCAUGGCAGAUGACUUAAGGCCAACAUUUUUAAGGAGCCCGUCUCGUUGA